ACACACACACACACACACGUACACUCAUUCUCACUCUGUUCUCAUGCUCUGAGGAGUCUAGUCUGUACACACUGUCUGUGCGGCUUCACUAUGCACACACCAAUUAUUUACUAACAGCCUGUGCAGCGCCGAGCAUCUGUUUUCAAAGAUUUUGAGAUGAAGAAGGACAUUGAUACUCUAAUAGCUGAAGAACGGGCUGAGAUCAUCGAAAAAUAUGAGAAGGGCAGGCAUGAGGGUGUGCACAUUAACCCCUGGGAGGAUGCCGACUACAGCAUCUACAAGGUCACAGAUCGCUUCGGUUUCCUGCAUGAAGAGGAACUGCCGACACCAACCGCGGUGGAGGAGAAGUACAAACUCCAGGAGGUUGAAAGAGAGGAAAAAUGGGUUAAGAUGGUGAAAAAGUGGGACAAGUACUGCAACAGUGAAAAGAUGAUGAAGCGGGUAUACAAGGGGAUUCCCUUAAAGCUGCGCGGUCAGGCCUGGGCUCUGCUGCUGGAAGUGGAUAAAGUGAAAGAGGCGAAUUACAGAAAGUAUGAGAAAAUGAAGGAACAAGCCAAGAAGUAUUCAACAGAAAUUAAGCAGAUUGAUCUUGAUGUCAACAGGACCUUUAGAAACCAUAUCAUGUUCAUGGAACGCUUUGGGGUCAAACAGCAAGCCCUGUUCCAUGUGCUGGCAGCAUAUUCAGUCUACAACACGGAAGUGAGCUACUGUCAGGGCAUGAGUCAGAUCGCUGCCAUUCUGCUCAUGUACAUGAAUGAGGAAGAUGCAUUCUGGGCCUUAUCACAGCUACUGACCAAUCAGAAACAUGCCAUGCAUGGCUUCUUCAUCCCAGAAUUUCCCAAACUUCACCGUUUUCAGGUUCAUCAUGACAAAAUACUGUCCAAACUCCUUCCCAAACUCAGGAAACACUUGGAUAAAGAACAGAUGUCCACAGGUAUCUACACAACCAAAUGGUUCCUUCAGUGUUUUAUUGACAGGACACCCUUCACACUCACCCUGCGUCUUUGGGACAUCUACAUGUUAGAGGGAGAAAAAGUUCUAACCGCCAUGGCCUAUACUCUCCUCAAAUUGAACAAAAAGCAUCUUCUGAAGAUGUCUUUGGAGGACCUGAGGGAGUUUCUUCAGGAGCGUAUUGCUUCCUCCUUCACUAUGAGUGAUGAUGCCGUUAUUGAGCAGCUACAGUCAUCUAUGUCAGACCUCCGCAGGAUGAAGCUCGAUCUCCCUCCUCCAGCCAAGGGAGAUGAGUUCCCAAAGAUACCCCUGGGUGAGGAGCGCCCAAUAGUACUGCUUCCAGUAAACAAGACUAAGUGCGUACCCUUACCGCCAUCAGCACACAACAAUCAAACCUCAACCAAGCUUCAGGCGGAAGACACCACCACCCAUAAGCAGAGCAGCGAAAAACACAUCCCUACCAUUACCUCAUCUUCCCCUCUUUCAAAGCACACCCACUCAACUUCAAACUCUUCGCUGUCACAAACUUCACCUAAAGAACCAGGCACCACAGUGAAGAACGAAGACAGUGCACUUGUACAAAGACCAGAUCAUCUACUUCACCCAGAAUCAGCACGGUUUUCAACAGAGACUCUUUCGUUGAAGAAUGAAUGUGUUAGUAGACCCCUAUCAGCGGUGUCUGAAGAUUGGCCUCCUCCGUACCAGCCACCAAUAACAGAUUCAUCCAGUAUCCACUCUUUGAAUCUCCCAGAAUUACCUCCUCCACCCCUUCCCUGUGCCGAAGAAGGGGUCAAGCUUGCUCCUCUAGAAGAGGAUGUCCCAUUUUGCCUUCCUCCACCACCAGUUGCCCAACCUUUGAAUCUCAUCUUAGAAGAUCCUUCUUCAUCACCUUCCUCGUACAGAUCCCAUCGUCAGCUAAGCAAGUUUCCGGUCAACCUGUAUGUCCCGCCAUCAUCAGGUGACCGGAGACCUUCCAACACCUCGCAUUAUGACAACCUCUCAGAAGAGGAGGAUCAGUCUGUGGAGAGGCUGUUGGAGAUGGCGGCCACAUUGCCGCAAAACUCAAACUUGGGUCCCAUGAACGCCACCCUACCCCUUCCUCCAGAUGAUGCUGUGUCUCUUCCUCUACCGCCCCCAUCUAUGUUCUUCUACACGCCUGACUCUUCACCACUCCCUCCACCUCCUCCAUGCAUUGAGGCGGCAAAGAGUUGGGUGACUCCAGACUGCACUUUUCCCCAACCACCUAUUGACUUCGCAGAUAAACCCAACCUCGUAUCUACAGUCCCGUGCAAUCAGGUGGAUUUAAACCAGACUGAACAAGAUCGGGGUCAUUCACAGCUCUCAAGACUACCGCCCCAAAAAUCACGACCCACGAUGCUCUCUCCUGUACACUGUGAUUCAGACUUCUACCGCAUGCAUGUUCCAAGUCAUUAGUGGCUGGAACCACAAGUACUGUUGUUUGUGUAAACUGAAGGCGGGUUUCCAU